UUUGAAAUUUUCGUCACUGUCAUAAUUUGAGCCCCAGCACAGGAAAUUUGUUAUUCUUUUCGUCGCACCUUACCAGACUUGAACACGGAGCAUCAGGUCUACUCCCCGUGACUGUGUACAUAUUUUCUGUCAUUCAUAGCCUCGGACAAAUAGAGGGACUGUGCGUUUUUCGACAAUUCACACAUUUUGGAUACUCAUAAUAAUUUUUGUGCGAUGCGUGGAAUUAUUUGAUGCGUUACAUUGCCUUUUUGUCUCGGAUUGCGACUGAGAAAAACUGGAUUGGAUUGGAUCGAAUGCUCGUGUUAUAAAAGUACUUUUAUCUCACAAGGUCUAUGAAUUUGUGCUGCAUUUAAAACACUCGACUCAUCGUUGAGCAUCUGGCUUUUACCUUUUGCACUACUUCCGAUCAGAAGACGCAGGCUACAGCACCAUACAGGGUGCCCUUGUAGGCCGAAUAAUAGAAAAUUGAAUAGAUUUUGCGGAAUUAUAUACUACGAUUGCAACAGAACAGUUGUUGAAAAAGAAAACUGCGCUUGUUUAGCUGUUUGCCAUGGAAGUGUCUUAUAUUAAACUUUACUCAGUUUUUGCGUUGCUUCUUAGGAUUUCUGUUCAUGGGCAAGUCAGUGACAGAGACAGGUGCCCUCCCAGGCUUGCAUACGCUUAUUACACCUUUCAAGACAAGUGCUACGAGUUUAUCAACCACGAAGAAUACUGGGCAGAGGGGCAGUCCUACUGUGAGGGAAAUGGUGGGAAAAUGUUGGAGAUCUACGACCAGGCGACCAUGGAUUUUAUUCGGUAUAAUUUAGACAACGUGACGGGGUGGACGGAGGCCGGGGUGUGGAUUGGAGCGACGGAUUCCGCGGUGGAAGGCACGUGGGAGUGGCACUCUGGUUCCGUGUUCCACUAUUCAUACUGGGGUGAGGGGGAGCCUGUAGAUUACUGGCCGCUGUAUCAUCGAGACUGCGGGCUUCUGCGUCGAGAGUACAACUGGAGAUGGGCGGCGUAUCCGUGCUACUCACUGGGUUACUACUACAAGUUCAUCUGUAUGUACGGUGCACAUGACUCCACUACCAAACACGACUACUGCUGCCACCAGCCUGACGUCAUCGAGACCAACGACCGCAUCCAGUACACUCACUCUUCCCUUUACUGCUCACACCCCCACGACAAUUACCACACCUACUCCAGCAACUAA